AUGGGAGUCAUGCAGCUCUUGGUUUACAUGGGUCCCAGCUUCGCCCAGCUAGCGACUCCCUGGGGUCCUGGCUUCCGUGCUCGCGGGCCCUCUCCCUCCCUUUGGAGGAGGCGGAGGUGUCUGCGACGCUGUGAGUCAGGCUCUGGCUGCAGCCGUGGCCGGCCUGGCGCUGCGGAGCGCGCACGGGCAGCGGGGGAGGCAGCGGCGCCAGCCCCGUUCGCUCCCCGCCCCCAAGCGGUCCUGGUGGCUGCUGCAGCCGGGGUCAGACCAGGGGCUACCCAGCCCGGCCGUUGUCCCCUGAUAUCUCUUCACCGGUGCCAGGCCCAGGGCCCCAGCCAGUGCCCAGCCCUGCUGGGAGCCCCGGCCAGCACCACGGACGGCACCCAGGAAGCCCGAGUCCCCCUGGACGGGGCCUUCUGGAUUCCCAGGCCACCAGCAGGUUCACCCAAGGGCUGCUUCACCUGCGUGUCCAAGCCUCCUGCCCUGCAGGCUGCAGCGGGCCCAGCCCCUGAGCCCUCAGCCUCGCCCCCCAUGGCACCCACUCUGUUCCCCAUGGAAUCUAAAAGCAGCAAGACUGACAGCGUCCGGGCAUCAGGUGUCCCCCAGGCCUGCAAGCACUUAGCUGAGAAGAAGACCAUGACGAACCCUACAACAGUCAUCGAGGUCUACCCCGACACCACGGAGGUGAACGACUACUAUCUGUGGUCCAUCUUCAACUUCGUCUACCUCAACUUCUGCUGCCUGGGCUUCAUUGCUCUGGCCUACUCCCUCAAAGUUCGGGACAAGAAGCUCCUGAAUGACCUGAAUGGAGCCGUGGAAGAUGCUAAGACAGCGCGGCUGUUUAACAUCACCAGCUCUGCGCUGGCGGCCUCCUGCAUCAUCCUCAUCUUCAUUUUCCUGCGGUACCCCCUCACAGACUACUGAGCCCAGCAGCCAGUGGCGUUGGAGACACAGCACUGAGACUGAUGGUCACUGAGAUUCAGGAUGCCGAGAGUGUGGGGCAGAAUGGGCUUCUACCAAGGCCCAGAGCCAUGCAUGGCAGCAAGGCCACCAGAAAUUGAGUGCCCAAUGGAGCGGCACACUCCUCCCAGCCACCCUAUCUGCCUCCUGCCCUGCCCUGUUGUCACUGGAUCUCUGGGCUCCCUCUGUUGCUGCCUGGUUGCCAGUGACUUCCCUCCCUGACCCAUGUACCCUACCCAAGCUCUUGCAUCCCUCAGACCUGACACCCAGCAAGAAGGGCUUAUGUGGGAGCUCCCAGAAGGGGAGCUGCCAGCACCUGGGACUCCCUCACUCCUGACCCCAACUUCCUCUAAGCUGUGAUCCCUGCUCCAAGCUCUUGUAUCUGUGAACUUUCAUUAAAACGUGUGCC